AUGGCGGGCGCACACGAGAACGAGAGAAAGAGAGGAGAGAGGGAUAGAGGCGGCGGGCGUGCGGCGUACGACGGGGCGGUGCUUAGAAUUGGAGACGUUGACCAGUGCGCAUUGUACGUGUCACUGGCACCUGGUAUGGAAAAUCCUGCGGGGAUGGACCUGUCAGAGGGCGAUGCUGCUCGUGCGGCGUCUGACGUUUAUCCCGACAACGUCGCUGGCCAGAAGACGGCUGAGCCGGCAGUUGUCGUUGAAGACGCCGCGCCGCAGACCACCCAGGAGGGAACCGAGGGGCACCCCACAGUGGUGGUCGGGGCUGAGACUGCUGAGGAGCACCCAGCUCCAGCGAAGACCAGAGCAGGCACCACUGUGGGGAAUGAAGAGACUGCGAGGACACCUCCCCCGAACAGUGUUGCAGAGGAGGAAGACAAGGCUCCGACUCUCCCGCCUGCUGAAGAAAGGAGGGUCCCCACUCCACCCCGAGCAGAGACCUCUUCGCCAAAGGGCUCCCCUGGCCAUGGUAAAGGUCCAGUGAUACCUGUGACCACGGCUGGGGGAAGCACAGGGGGCGAGGAGACUCAAGCGGCCUCCGACGACGAAGUUGAAGAAAUCCAGGGUCGCCCCCAUGAUGGUCGCCAGCACGUUGCGCGCCUCCGCCAAGAAAAGGAGAGGCUCGACCAGGAGCGUGCCGGCGCGCUAGAGGCUGGGCGCCGAGCUGGUGUGGAAUUAAGCAACAAGAGCCGGGAGUUGGCUGUGCAGUACGAUACUCCAGUAGUGGAGUUCGUAGCAGCACACUCCACACUGAACACGCACGUACGAGAGAUUCUUGUGCUUGACGUGCGCAACGUCCCCGAGAUCGAUGUAUCACCGGCCGGCGUCUCACAUUAUCUGCAUCUUUGGUAA